AUGGGACAUCACGGCGACUCGACCAAGCCUGCGACAUCUGCUGCGCGGAUGACUCGCGCUGGUGGCUCUCGCCACGGCUAUCACGUUCAGGGCCGGCCGCGUCGGCUGAGCCCGUGGCUUUCGGUGGUGCUGGUCUUGCUUGGCUUGCAAGUCAUCUCAGCUUCGGCCUCUAGAGACGUCUUGCAAUGCUUGCAGGUCGCGCAGCCAGUGCUGUCUCCAACCGGGGUCACCCUGGGGUCGACAGCCAGCGACGGCGCGACCACCGCCGACACAGCUUCCGGCUCAGGCCGGCGGGCACCCUGCGAUGUGUUGAUAAUGGAUCACGUUUUCGCGUUCAGUUACGGGAGGCCGUUCAUUGGCAAUUAUACCCCACCUAGCUGCGAAUUCAACCGAGUUAUAAUGAACCUCACUGUUGUCUCUCAGGGUCGUCAGUUUGACAGACUCGCUGUGAUGUAUCUUGGUGACACUGAAAUAUGGCGAACCUCUACUGCAGAACCCACCUCGCCCCCUGGUAUCCGGUGGACCUAUAUGAAGGACAUGACCCAGUACUUAUCCUUAUGGAAGUCUAAACAGACCGUUAUAUUUGAUUUGGGCAAUCUCGUUAACGAGAAAUAUACUGGCUCCUUCAAUGCAACGCUCACGGCAACAUUCUUUCCCAGCUCGGCCAGAACGGACACGGCUGCGCCAGCCGAUCUUAUCAUCCCAAUAUCCGCGAGGAAGGGGGCCUUCAAAUCACCCAGCGCGUUUGUGCUACCGACGGAUAACGCUACGAACACCGUCGCGCUGCCUCAAAACGCUAAUCGUGCUGUGUUCUCUAUUUCUGCUUGCGGUCAGGCCUCUGAAGAGUUUUGGUGGAGCAACGUUCCGGACUCAGAUGUCUACACCUUCAACCGGACUGCGGGUGCAUUGCCAGGUCAUUCCCCUUUUCGAGAGGUACAGGUUCUCAUUGAUGGCCAACUAGCCGGUGUCUGGUGGCCCUACCCGGUGAUAUUCACUGGGGGUGUGGUGCCUAGCCUCCACCGUCCCAUUGUCGGACUUGAAGCCUUCGACUUGUAUGAGCAUGAGAUCGACAUUAGUCCUUGGUUACCUAUCCUAUGUGAUGGAACAGAGCAUACUUUCACGAUAGUGGUGGCCGGACUACAGAACGGGAAGAACGGCAGUCUCGCACUUGCACAUCCUGUGAGUGACAACUGGGUUGUUACUGGGAAAGUGUUCGUAUGGCUGGACGACAAGGGGUCAAUCACGACCGGCGAGCGACCAUUGAUUGAUUUUACUGGCCCGACGAUUACACUUUCCCGAGCAGUCACGCAGAACUCAACAGGCUUCAAUGAGACACUGGAUUUCUCUGUCAAAGUUCAAAGACAGAUCUCCAUCAAAGCAACCAUCAACUCGCAAGGCAAGACUGGAGAAGCUUCUUGGGCGCAAACAUUAGCGUAUACCAACGUGGCUCAGGUGACCAACUUUGGCUCCAAUCAAAUCAACCGGUUCCUCAUCAAAGGACUCGAUACUGCCACCGGCCCAAGUACCUUCUAUCGGGCUGACUACAGCUAUCCACUGUUUUGCGAUUCGCGCGACACAGUUGAUGCAGUACAUGGCAACCGAACGCUUAACGCUCACUUGGCACAAGGACUAGAGCUGCAAGUCCAAGGCAACUCUGUCUUCCCUGACGGCUUGGAAGCUUUUGCAAACUCUGCCAGGGCUGAGGUUCCCAACUUUAGCGGAUCUCUUCUGAAUACAUCCCGCGAUGGAACAGCUUGGUUUUUCCUGACGGGCGACGGCGGAAAUAGUUCCGGCUAUGGAUCAACGGCCCAAGUUUUCUACUUUGGAGGAUUUCCACAAGGUGGCUCCCGCGGUAGCACCCCUGACGUCGUUGAACUAUACUCCAGAAACGUGACAGCCGUUAAUGGCACAAUUGUACACGAUUCGGAGAGAGCAGCUGGCGUUGGUUCGAUCGACUUCACCGCCCUGUCAAGCCAGGAGAGCGCCACGGGUGGGUCGCAAGCCCUUUUCGCGCAGGCGCCACUCGAGGGAACAGGCCCAAGGGUAUUCAUGCAUCCUAGCGAGGUGAUGAAUGAGGACACCAGCAGAGAGGCGUUUGCGGGUGACGAUGAUAUUCACGGCGGAAGCACGGCAUCAGGUCAACCGCCCCUGCGUCGGAACGGACGCAGUAGCUGGUGA